AUGCGUAUCGCACUCGCAGUACUUCUUUUAUUCAUCGCUUAUGCUGCUAGUUAUCCAUCACUUCGUGAUAUAACGGCAGAUGAUGAAGAAAACAACAAUGGUUUAGAAUUAAAACUCCGUUCACUUUUAAAUGAACUUGAGGAUGAACAAGACAGUAAUGAACAAAUGGAACGAUCAGUUUCAUCAGAUGAAGAUGAUGAUGAAGAUUCUUCAUUUAGCAAACGACAAGUUAAAAAAGAAACAAAAUGUGAAAUUGAAUGCGUUCAUAAAGAACGAUUUCCAUCUCGCGGCAAAGGCAAAACAAUUAAAGAAGCUGCUAAAACUUGCAAAAAUAAAUGUGUCAUCCCAGGCAAAAAACAUGGCGGAAAACAUGUCGCCCCAAAAAAGCCUGGUCAUAAAAUGAGUUUACGUGAAUUACUUGAUAAUGAUAGUAACAGCAGUGAAGAACAACAAAAUGAUCGUCGAGAAUUUUAUGAUUAUCUUAUGGAACAAAUUCAACGUAAUAAUAAGGAAUAA